UGUAAGUAUAAAGGUGUACCAUUGCGCAUAAUGGCGUCAUCCGUAGUGACGUAUGUGUAGUAGGCCAAUGAAAAAUGGCCAGGAAUGCAGCCGCGAAAUUCAAAUGCUCUAUUAAUCGUAUAUUACUAAAUAUAUAUUAAAAUAUAUAUUUUAACUUAAAAUUUGUAAUAAAAGAAUAAUAUUUCAAGAUAUCCUCUUCAAGAUAUCCUCAAUAGGCUCCACGUCCGUAUUCUCGAGGCCCCUGCUAUCAAUCUCCGUCGCCAGCCAUUCUCUUAAUACGCACACUUAACCUUACCAACACUGUUUAUUCUGUGUGACACUGUCAGCAGCCAUAUUGAAUUCUAACAUUCCUGGCCAUUUCUGAUUGGCUAUCAUUUUUGACGACUGCGCAUCCACGGGAAUGGAACACCUUUAUACUUACAUCAUGGUUACGUUCAACAGAACGUUUAUUUUGCAACUGUUGGAAAUUUUCUUAAUUCACUCUUCGUCUCUUUCUGUUCCCUUAAAAAGAGACAAGAAGUUAGUUAAGCUAAGCUGGAAAACGCCCAUUGUUAAAGUGGUCGACGGACCACAUGCGGGCCGAGGUGGUGAAAUUAAACACCUGUACCGAAGCUUUGCCUUUUUACACUCGAGAAUGUUCGUCGACAACGGCGGAAUAUUCGUAUGCAAGACCAGACAUUUACAAUUGUCCGGUGGAAAUAAGACAACUUCCAUUAAUUCUAUGUCACCAGUGGCAGGAUUUAUGUCACCUAGAAUUGCCUCUCCGAUGCAUCCCAGCGGAGGUGGUUUUGGACGAGGUGGCGGCGGUGGAAGAGGCAGAGGCCGUGGCGGUGGCGGUGCAAGACGCGACAGGGAAUUAAUUGGAACCACGAUCAAAAUAACGGGUGGCCCGUACAAGGGAAAUGUAGGCAUUGUAAAGGAUGCGACGGAGACCACAGCGCGCGUGGAACUACACUCCACGUGCCAGACAAUCUCCGUCGAUCGGUCUCACAUUGCACCAACAACGUUUUUGUUUGGUUGUGAACCCGGGUCUUCGGAUUACCAGACCCGCGCACAAUCCUCUGCGCCACGAUCGCCACAGAACGGUUCUCGCACCCCUCAUUAUGGUUCAAUGACGCCGUCUCACGAUGGAUCGCGAACGCCAGGACAAUCUGGCGCCUGGGACCCGUCAGUUACUAACACACCCGCCAGGACAAACGAUUUCGACGGCUACAGUAUAGAAGAAGGUGGCUCGCCCGGUUACGGGCCCGGAUAUCCUCCCACCGGUGGGCCGUUUACCCCACAGACUCCGGGCACCAUGUACGGCUCGGAUCGACAAUUUUAUGAUAUACUUUAAUGUAAUAUGUUCUACCUCUAGUCUUAUUAAAACAGAAAUAAAAGUUUUUAUGACAUA